AUGCCUCUCAGUAAAGCUGACAGGUUGGCCGAGCUAAGGGCCCUCCGUGCCUCCGGCAAGAAACGCAUCGACACAUACGAAGUUGAGGAUAAAGGCGACAUCUACGACGAGGUCGACGACGAGGGCUACAAAAAAGUCAUUCGCAACCGCCUCGAUGAAGACGAUUUUGUUGUCGAUGACAAUGGUGCCGGCUACGCAGACGACGGACGGGAGGUCUGGAACGAAGGCACGGUCGACUACGAUAGCGAAGACAGCGACGAAUUACCCGCACAAAGCAAAGCGGCCAAACGGAAGCGCGACGAGGAAAAGCAGCGGAAAGAAAAGAUCAACAACGGCAUCUCAAAGUAUUUCAACAGUGGAAACGCCGCUGCCAGUGCCCCAAAGCCCAAGCCCGUUGCUACUGCAGAAGACGAUGCCUUCAUGGCCGAUUUGCUCGGCGAGGUCGAUACCAACGUUGUCUCCAACCACGUCCCUACGCGAAAUCUCAUCAAAUCAGACGCCCGCCGCAAAGUUCGCGUGCUCUCACCACCUCUAUCCGAGAAACGACGAAACGAAAAAGUCAGGCCGAAAGACGAAAAUGACAUUCCAAGCUCCCCGGUCAAGUUGGAACAACCGACACUCAACUCGGACGACGACGACGGUCCACUUCCGCCCGUCGAUGAUGACGACGUGCACAUGAGUGACCCUAUGCCUUCAUCUCCCAUUAGCAAGGCUGUGGAGCGAAAGACAAUUGUUCCAGUGGUCAAGAAGGAAGAGUCGGACGAGGAGGACAUUGAUAUGAUGGAUGUCGCCGAAGCCACUGGUAACUCAAGUGCGAAGACAGCCAACGUCAACAUGACUGGCAGUCGACCUCCGCCAAAGCUUAAGAAAGAGGUCCUCCCAACACCAGCCAGCUCAUCCCCCGCAAAGGCGGCGCCGGAAGUCAUGGAUGCCUCUUGGAACGACGUGAGAAGCAAACUCAAUGUUCUCAGCAGCCCGGCACCGGAGAUGCGCUCCUUCGGAAAGCUUCAUGCCCAAGACGUGGUUGAAGAAGACGGCAGUCUACGAAUGUUCUGGCUGGACUAUACUGAGGUCAAUGGAAGCCUUUGCCUGUUCGGAAAAGUCAAGAACAAGCAGAACGGAUCUUAUGCUAGUGCUUUCGUCAAGGUUGACAACAUUCUGCGCAAGCUCUAUUUCCUGCCUCGCGAGAACCGCCACAAGCACGGACGAGAGACUGACGAGGAGGUUGGAAUGGAAGACGUCUAUCAGGAAGUUGAUGAAAUGAUGUCGCGACUGCGUGUCGGCAUGCACAAGAUCAAGCCUUGCACCAGAAAGUACGCUUUUGAGAUGCGCGGUGUCCCCAAGGAAUCAGAAUACCUGAAGCUUCUUUACCCGUACGACAAAGCUGCUCUUCCGAUGGAUGUCAAAGGCGAGACCUUCUCGCAUGUAUUCGGGACAAAUACUUCUCUAUUCGAGCAGUUCGUCCUUUGGAAGAACAUCAUGGGUCCCUGCUGGUUGAAGAUUGACGAUGCUGAUUUCUCGGCUGUCAACAACGCUUCCUGGUGCAAGUUUGAGUGCCAGGCAUCCAGACCAGCGCUCAUCAGCCCCGUUCCCGACUCGGAGAACUUGGACACACCACCACUAACUCUUAUGAGUCUUUCCUUCAGGACUCAACUGAACGUCAAGGAGAACAAGCAGGAGAUUCUUUUGGCUAGUGCCAGAGUUUACGAGAAUGUCUCCUUGACAGACACUACUCCCCCCGAAAAGCUGCCAUGCAAGACGUUCACUGUUAUGCGCCCUGCUGGAAGCUCUUACCCAAUGCACUUCGAGGCCGAGACACGGAAGCAGCGAGGUACUUUCAUGCUGGAAAAGAGCGAACAGUUCCUGCUGAGCAAGUUCUUGGCGUUGUUCGAGAAAAUGGAUCCGGAUGUUAUCAUGGGCCAUCAGUUGCAGGAUGUCGACCUCAGCAUUCUUCUCAAUCGCAUGCGAGAGAAGAAGACCCCUGGAUGGCACCGCAUUGGUCGACUUCGACGCGGAGACUGGCCAAAGAACUUCAACCGUGGUGGCAGUUUCUUCGCUGAGCGGCAGCUCAUCGCAGGAAGACUUUUAUGUGACGUCGGAAAUGACAUGGGCAAAUCUCUUAUGAUGAAGUGUCAGUCCUGGAGUCUGUCAGAAAUGUGCCAGCUCUACCUUGGCGAAGGCAAUAUUCGCCAAGAGUUGGAUGUUGAGGCCGCUUUGAAGACAUGGGCUUCGACCAAGGACGGACUCAUGAACUUCGUCAACCACGCCGAUACAGAUACUUACUUCAUUGCUGCUUUGGUACUGCGUCUCCAGAUGCUGUCCCUCACCAAAGUCUUGACCAAUAUUGCUGGUAACUCAUGGGCACGUACUCUCAGCGGUACUCGUGCUGAGCGAAACGAGUACAUUUUGCUUCACGAAUUCCAUCGCAACAAGUACAUCUGUCCUGACAAGUACUCCUCGCGCUUGCAGAAGGCCGAGGAGAAGGAUGGUGAAGAUGAUGAGGCCGGCGACAAGAAGAAAAAGGACAAGUAUAAGGGAGGUCUUGUCUUUGAGCCCGAAAAGGGUCUGUACGAUCGUUUCAUCUUGGUCAUGGAUUUCAACAGUCUAUACCCAAGUAUUAUUCAGGAGUACAACAUCUGUUUCACAACAGUCGACCGGACAUCUUCGGCGGAAAAUGAGAAUGAAGAAAAGGUUCCCGAAGUUCCAACAUCGGACCAAGAGCAAGGCAUCUUGCCGCGCCUUAUUUCGACUCUGGUUGGACGUCGACGCGAGGUCAAGAAGCUGAUGAAAGACAAGCGUGCCACACCCGAACAGUUGGCUUUGUGGGACACCAAACAGCUUGCCUUCAAGCUGACUGCAAAUUCCAUGUAUGGUUGUUUGGGAUACACGCAAAGUCGCUUCUAUGCCCGUCCUCUGGCCAUGCUCACCACCUUCAAGGGUCGUGAGAUUCUGCGCAGUACAAAGGAUCUGGCUGAAAGCAAGCAGCUGCGUGUCAUUUAUGGUGAUACCGACUCCGUCAUGAUCAACACCAACAUGGACACCAUAAGUGAUGCGCUGAAGGUCGGUGAAGAGUUUAAGAAAUCAGUAAACGAGCGAUAUCGACUGCUUGAAAUUGAUAUUGAUAACGUCUUCCGCCGACUCCUGCUGCACGCCAAGAAGAAGUAUGCUGCCGUGAACCUCACUGAGGUGGAUGGCAAGUACAUUGAGAAGCUCGAAGUCAAGGGUCUUGACAUGAAGAGACGUGAAUACUGUGCCCUUUCGAAGGAGGUCUCCUCCAGACUCCUUAAUGAGGUUCUAUCUGGAGAGGACCAGGAAGUUGUUCUCAAUAAGGUUCACGACUACUUGCGUGAGCUGGCUGAGAAGAUGAAGGAGUUCGCCAUUCCCGUUCAGAAAUAUGUUAUCUAUACGAAACUUUCUAAACGACCGGAGGAAUAUCCCAACAAAGAAAGCAUGCCACCCGCCCAGGUCGCCCUCCGGGACAUCGCCAGAGGCAAGAAUGUCCGACCCAACGAUGUCAUCUCAUACAUUGUUACGGGUGGUGACUCGGAGACAGCGUCCUUGCCUCCAGCCAAGCGGUCUUACAGUCCCCAGGAUGUUCUCAAGCCAAACUCGGAACUGAAGCCUGAUGUCGAAUUCUAUCUUCUCAAGCAGAUCUUCCCUCCUAUCGAGCGUCUGUGUGCGCCAAUCCCGGGUACCGAUGCUGUGCGCCUUGCUGAGUGCUUGGGACUCGAUACCCGCAAAUACCAAAUCAACACCUCGAGUGCCAGCAACCAACAAAAUGCCGAGAUAUUCCCCUUGGAGUCCCAGAUCCCUGACUCCGUCCGGUUUGCUGACUCAGUUCGGCUGACCUUGAAGUGCCGACAUUGCAAAGAGCAGUCGGUAUUCGAAGGACUGGUCGACUCGCCACAAAUGUGUACCGCCCAUGGCAUUGUUUGCUCCAACCAGGAUUGCCAGAAACCGUUCUCUGUCCUGACCAUUGUUGCUCAGUUGGAGAGCCAGAUUCGCGAACAGACUGCCCGCUACUACGAGGGCUGGCUGGUGUGCGAUGACUCGGCUUGUGGUAACCGUACACGGCAAAUCAGUGUUUACGGACACCGAUGCUUGGGUCCACGAGGUCGCGCAGAGGGCUGUCUAGGCCGGAUGUCCUAUGAGUACACCGAGAAGCAAAUCUACAACCAGCUCCUGUACUUUUCCGGUCUUUGGGACGUGGAGAAGGCCAAGAGCGCGGCCAACAAGGAGAGCGGGGAGAAGAAGGACAGUCUUGCUGCUCUCGCUGAGUUCAAUCGGACACGUUUCGAAACGAUUAAGACGGUUGCGGAUAGCUACUUGAAGAAAUGCGGCCGACAAUGGGUCGAGAUGGACACUCUUUUCCGCUUCAUGUUACAAUAA